CUAAACUCACAUGCAGACAGGCAGACAUGAGGAACAGCACUACAUACAGCCAGCCAUGAGGAGGAGGAUACAACACAGAUCACUCCACUGACUGACAAUGUAGUCUACAUCACACAACUGUGUAGUGUGGAUCCCUGUCCUGGAUCUGGACCAGCAACAACAACUAACAAGACAACUGGUGAUGAAUUGGGAUGAGUUCCACACUGACACUUGAGAGGACUACUCAUCCAUUCCUACUGAUGGGAAGCGGCCAUCUUUCUGGAUCGACGGUCUACCUCCCAACCGUCUGAUUGACGACAGGACAGGAAGACAUGCUGUGAAGAGAGACAGAAGCCAUAAAAGAGGACCGUUAGCCUGUGUUUCCUGCUGCCAUGCCGUGGUACUUCCUGCCCUGCCCGCCCAGCUGCCACAUGAUCUGGCUGGUUCUGGCUGCCCUUCUGCUGCUACUGACGGGCUAUGUGUCUGUGUCUCUGGAAGAGCUGCCCAGGGGCCCAGGGGACAUAGCUGGCAGCGGGUCCAUGAGCGCCAGCACUAACACUAACGCUCGCCAGUACAACUCUAUCCAGCACGGAUCCUGCACCUAUACCUUCCUGCUACCAGAUAACGCUGGGGGGAACAGGCCGUGUUUGAUGGAGGCGGAGGGGGUUGGCAGCUCCAGCACCAGCCAGGGACAGGGCCAGUACCAGGGGAACACUCUACAGGGAGAUGCCCCCCUGAAAAAGCCCAAGCUCCCAGGACUGGCCCCGGCUCUGGGGAGCCAGAGGAUCCAACACCUGGAGAACGUCAUGGACAACUACACACAGUGGCUUCACAAAAUUGAGAGAUAUGUGAAGGACAGUCUGAAUGUGGAGAUGGCUCAGCUGCAGCAGAGUGCUGUCCACAAUCACACAAUUGCCAUCUUGAAUCUAGGCACCAACCUCCUGACCCAGACUGCCCAGCACACACGGAAACUGACAGACGUAGAGAUCCAGGUGUUGAAUCAGACCUCCAGGCUGGAGAUUCAGCUCCUGGAGAACUCUCUGUCCACCAACAAACUGGAGACCCAGCUCCUCCACCAAUCUACAGAGAUCAGCAAGCUGCACGACAAGAACAGGCUCUUAGAGCAGAAGAUGCAGGAGCUGGAGUCUGGGCACCAUGAGGAGCUGGUCACCUUCCAGGAGGAGAGGUCCAGCCUGCAGCAGCUGGUCGCCAGACAGAGCAGUGUGAUCACAGAGCUGCAGACCCAUCUGGACCAGGCCACUGGCAACAACAGUAUCCUGCUUAGCCAACAACAGCAGCUCACAGAGACCGUCAACAGUCUGCUGAAACUCUGCUCUAAGGACAGAGGGUCUGGAGUGGUGGCAAACAGCAACCUUGCCUUUAAGCAGAGAGAUUCAUCUCAUGAGGAGAGAAAGUAUCGGGACUGCUCUGAAGUCUUUCAAGCUGGCUUCAACAACAGUGGAUUAUAUACUAUUCACAUCAACACACAGGAGACCAAAAAGGUUUACUGUAACAUGGAGGCAGCAGGGGGAGGAUGGUCCGUCAUUCAGAGGAGAAAAGAUGGAACCAUGGACUUCCAGAGGACGUGGAAGGAGUACAAGAUGGGCUUUGGGAGUCUGUCUGGAGAACACUGGCUGGGGAAUGAGUUUGUGUUCCUGCUGACCAGCCAAAGGCCCUACAACCUGAGGGUGGAAGUGACCGACUGGGACGGACAGCAGGCCUUCUCCCACUAUGACCGUUUCUACAUCGGCAGCGAGAAGCAGAAUUACAGGCUGUUCCUGAAGAGUCACAGUGGAACGGCAGGCAGACAGAGCAGCCUGGUCCUCAACGGAGCAGACUUCAGUACCAAGGAUAUGGACAACGACAACUGCAUCUGUAAAUGUGCUCUCAUGCUCACCGGGGGUUGGUGGUUCGAUGCCUGUGGACCAUCGAACCUGAACGGGAUGUACUACAGUCAUGGUCAGAACAUGGGUAAACUGAAUGGGAUUAGGUGGCACUACUUCAAAGGGUCUAGUUACUCUCUCCGUGCUACUACCAUGAUGAUACGACCAGCAGACUUCUGAGAGGACCUUUUGGUGACUGUCGUUGGGUACGUUGUCCAUAGACACAUUGGCAUCAUUAGUCAUGUUUCCAUCCAACUGUUUUUAUGCGAUAAAGUACUGUCCUGUUGCAUAAAAGAAAGUCACAACAGGUGUGACGGAAACACAAAAUAGAAGGUGGGAUAAUUGUUUGUACUUUGACUUAAAAAAUAGCAACCUAAUUUUGUUUUCUAUGAGGAACUUGGAUUCUGACUUUCUGGUGAUUACAUGUCCUCUUGAAAGACAUUGGUUGUUUGAGACAGUAUGAUUGAGCACCAGCUCUGCAAUGAAUCAAACUGUAGAAGUGGGUUACAUGAAGAGGAUAUGAAUGGAAGAUUUGGUGCUUUUGAAAGACUUUAAUUUGUCUGGUUUUCAUUUCUCUUUUCAUUUCACUCUCGUUUGUCUCCCUUUCAUUUGUCUCUUUCAUGUAUCUGUUGUGUAUUGUUCUUCUAUGGGUAAGGUAUUCCUGUUAACAUGUUGUGAAUCAGUGCACUGCUCUCUUAGUCUGCACUGUGGGCAGAGAAGCCUGAUGGCCUAGACUGGAUACACUUCAGAACACUGUUAUGGAUAUUAUUUGCCUAUAUAGUGGAUUGCUGUGUGUGUGUGUGUGGAAUGUACUGUUUUAUAUCAUUAUGUUUAAGGAAUGGUGUCUAUGUGUAUCUCACCACACUUUAAUAUUUAAUGGAAUAGAGAUAAAUAAUUGAUGUCUUCACUUCCAUGUAAGUUUUCAGUAUUAAAAGCAUUGUUGCUCUUAUACCCUUCCUAGAUUUGUACUAAUUUGCAACAUCUAUUGGGGCAUUUGUUGAACUUUGUAACAAUGACAAAAGUACUUUUUUUGUGCCAUGAAUUAAAAAUAUUCCCCCUAAAAGCA